CGUGUGCACACGCGUACAACACGGUGCAUAGCUGGUACUGCUAGCCUCAAGCUUCGACUUCGAAUUUCCGAGCACUGCGUUUCCCGCCUGCACAGUAAUUAGGGCCUCAUUGUUAGCACUGGAUUUCAGUACUAGAGUCAAAGGCGAGAACCCAUUAAUAUUGUCUUUUUGGGCUGGAACAAGUCCGGAAGUUAGUAGAUCCCCUGCGGACAGCAUGCACACACAGCAUGUCGCUUGCCCGAAAAGCACGCCGAGAAUUCCACUGUUACAGCUUAUAACAGACACUACCUAUCAAACAUAUCCCCGUGUCCUGUAGGAAGCUCGCUCAUGGGUUUAUUUAAUACCCUCGUGAGCCCAACAUUGGGAGCUCUUGAGAUAGCUGGUGCCGCAUCUGGUGUCCCGUACGCCCAGGGGGCUGGGAUGGCACUCCAGGCCAUCAACACCGCUUGCAACCAAGUGGCCAUACACAAGCGCAAGUCUGCCCAACUUGCUCACAGAUGCACUUCGUUGCUGAACUUGAUCAGUGAACACGCAGUUGGACCCACUUGCGAUGAGAUGCGAUCUUCGUUAGAAGAGGCUGAAUUUGUUUUGUAUGCUGUACGAGACCGCAUACAAAAGUGGUCGCGAUAUAGCAAAAUGAAAAGCUUCUUCAAGAGCUCUCAAAUAGAAAACGACCUGGAUAGGUGCCUGAACGAUGUUAAUGUAACUAUGGAGCGCCUGCACGUCAAGAAUCCCCUAUCUGUCAUGAUCAUGCAGAAGCAGUCUAUGGACCUUAUGAAAAUGAAUCAAGAUCGCAUCGAGGAAAGGCUGGCGCAAUUGAUUAUAUCCCCACAACAGGUUUGGGAUGCCGCCCAACGGCACAACGCCGGCGGUCAGGAUGCCCUUGAUCUCAUGAGAACCGGUCAGGAGCGCUUGAUACAACUGCACGUACAAUCACCGCGUGAGAGCUCCCAGUCACCAGACCGAACUUUUUUUGAGGGACAAAUGGUCGAAUCUCCAGUAUCCUCGCGUUCUUCGCUAGAGGUGACGGUGCAAACUCAGAUUCAAAGUGCUUUGACAGAUUUGCGACGCCUGACAAAAAUACCUCCGACACUCAAAGUCCUGAACAAUCAGGUCAAAAAAGUCAGCAGCUCUACUCCGAUAUGCUCUGGAACGUACAGCGACAUCUGGCUAGGAGAAUUGUUAGGAGAGAAAGUCGCACUCAAAACUUUGCGCAGUAUCACUGACCCUACGAAAGCCAGAAGGAUGACGAGGCGCUAUGAGCACGAAAUAAAUGUGUGGGAGAAACUUAAACACGACAACAUUCUGACAAUAUACGGCGUUAUCACCAACUUGGGACCUAUUCACAUUGUGUCAACGUGGCAAGAAAACGGCAAUGUACUAGAAUAUCGUAUUAAGAACCCUGCCAUUAACCCCCUCACUUUGCUCACACAAGCCGCAAGGGGCAUCGAGUAUCUUCAUGGAAGCAACAUUGUCCAUGGAAAUCUGAAAUGUAACAAUAUGCUGGUCUCCUCCCAAGGCGUAGCAUGUAUUAGUGACUUUGGACAUACUCAGGUCCUAGACGAAGUGCUUGGAAGGGACGGAUUUACUGCCUACACUGGGUCUUCCAACGUGCGCUGGAACGCCCCAGAACUCCUGGGUGGUGAUGAUGUGAAGCCCACCAAAGCCAGCGACGUCUUCGCGUUCGGGAUGUCUAUCCUGGAGCUUGUAACCAAGCAGGCACCCUAUUCGCACAGAAAACGUGAUCUCACUGUCAUCAUGGACAUCAACGACGGCCAUCUGCCGCUUCGCCCAACUGAGCCGGAAGAUAUUUCGCGGUGGAUGCAUGAUGAACUAUGGGAAGUUUUGAACAGAUGUUGGUAUUUCGCGGCUCAGGAACGGAUGAAUGUUGGAGAAGUUACAAUCUGUCUUGAGGGACUGGCCGAGUACCUUGGUAAUCAUCCAAAUUGGCAGACGGAAGAGGGUGCCGAAAUCGUUCAAUGA